UCUAAAUUUCCAUCUGAUCUAAAGGAAAUAUCCAUAAGAUCUGACAUUAUUUCUAUUUUAUUCUGCACUUAAAAAGACAGGACUCAAGAUUCUUAGGAACUUUGAGAAAAAACAGCUCAGCCGAGAUGUUCAGUGCUAAUAUGGUUUCUACCUUCAGCAGGAUAUUGAGUGCUGGACUCCUGGAACAUUACAGAACCAGCGGUCAAAAACAUUGUGAGGAAAUGUGGAGUUCAUAGGAGGAUCACUUUUUUGAGAUGUUGGAGAGGAUUGAGGCUGGAAACCAAAAAGACAUCAAGAGGACCAAAACCAAUGCAUUCCAUAACGACCGAGCAGGAAGCGACUUGCAGACCGUCGGAAUUUAUUGGUGUGUGAAAGCAAUUCAACAGGGAAUGUUAGACAACGGACCAAAGGUCAGCUGGGAGAGAAAUAAACCAUCGUACGCGUUUUAAAAAGCUCGGCAGCGGGUUCUCGGUCUCCUCGACGAACACAACUUUUGACAGCGUCCGUCAUGUCGGAGGAAGAAUUGAAGGAGCUGUCCUACAGCGAAGCCAUCGAGAAGGCGACCGCCUCCAUCUCUCGCUUCCCUCUCAUCCCGGUCAGAGGAGUUCCUCUCAUGAACUACAUCGCCAACAGCUGGGACUCCAUCUGGGCUUUCCGGCCCGACCCCUCAGACCUCCUCAUCGCCACCUACCCCAAAGCAGGGACCACAUGGACCCAGGAGAUCGUCGACCUGCUUCUUCACAACGGAGACGCUGAGGCCUGCCGGCGAGCUCCAACACCCAUCCGCAGUCCCUUCCUCGAGAUCGUCUCCCCGCCACCCAUCCCCUCAGGUCUUGAUAAUCUGAAAAUCUUGGAUCCUCCAAGGAUCAUCAAGACACAUCUUCCUUUUCAGUUGGUGCCGACGGGAUUUUGGGAAAACAAGUGCAAGGUUAUCUACGUGGCACGCAAUGCCAAAGACAACAUGGUGAGCUACUUCUACUUUGAUUGUAUGAAUCUGACCCAGCCUGAGCCAGGUCCCUGGGAGGGCUACCUCCCCAAGUUCAUGCAUGGAGAGCUGUCCUGGGGCUCCUGGUACGACCAUGUGAAAGGUUACUGGAUGGAGAGGGAGAAGAAGAACAUCCUGUUCCUCUUCUAUGAGGACAUGAAAGAGAACCCUCGGCGUGAGGUGGAGCGCAUCAUGAGGUACCUGGACUUAUCCGUCUCUGAUGAGGUCAUCAGCCGGAUUGUGGAGCUCACUUCCUUUAAGAACAUGAAGGAGAACCCGAUGGCCAACUACUCCUGUAUCCCAACACCGGUUUUUGAUCAGUCCAUCUCUCCCUUCAUGAGAAAAGGUGAAGUGGGUGAUUGGAGAAACCAUUUCACACCCGAGCAACUAAAGAUGUUCGAUCAAGAUUAUGAAAAACAAAUGAAGGAUGUCAACAUACCAUUUAGGGACAAUAUCUAAAGGAUUUAGUUUUUUUUCCCAAACUGAUAGCGCUAUAAUUCAGAGGAGCUGACUCAGUGCAGCAGUCAGAGGACAGAAAUACUGUCAGAAAAUUUGACACAAGCUAAAUACCAAAACAAAAAAGGAGCCUGUUUAUGGUAAACAUUGUAAUCACUGCUCCUCCUGAUGUGUAGAAAAUCAUCUAAUGUAUGC